AUGGAUGCGUUCGGCGGAAAGCUGGCUGAUGGCCAGCCCCAGACCCCUUCAGCCCUAACAACGGCGCACGCGACCACCUCGACGACUACGACGACUACGAAUACCACAACACCAGGAGAAGACACACCCGUCGCAAAGAUCCUUCACUUCCUCGCAACCGCCACUACCGGCUCACUUGCCGGAGUUGCCGUCGGCUUCGCGGCCGUCACAUACAUUACCCUCGGCCGACUAGGACUGGUUCUUAUCGGUGCAUUCGGCGGAGUCGUCGGAUUCAUCUCGUGGGAACAGAGGAACCCAGAAGUCUCCAAGGCUGUCCGAGGAGAACGGGGCAUCGAUAUCCUGGAACGAAUUCUACACGAAUCGACGAACAACAAGGCGAAGGUGGAGGCUGACGACAGCAGCGAUGACGAGGACUCCGCCAUCAGGGCCCUCGACGACUUCCGUCCGGAAACCCGCGAGGCACUGGGAGGGCUCGUUGACGCAGUGGUUAGAGACUACGUCAAGUGGUGGUACAGCCCUAUUAUCCCUUCAGACCAUGCCUUCCCUCUUGCUUGCCGGCGGACUCUCACCUCUUAUCUCCUCGCCAUCUCCAACCACAUGAGCCGGAAGCGACCGGCUGAUGCGUUCCUCGAUCUCCUUACCAACUCAUCCUCCAUCGUCAUUGUCUUCAUGUCAGAGCUCGCUGCCGCAUUUUCCGACCUCCCUCCUGAUAGCAACAUGACUGCGGCCGACGCUGUGAACAAUUACCUUGCUGCGAACCCCGACUGCCAUUUGGCGAACCUAUUGAACCAGCGACAGCAGGCGGCAAAGUUCAAAAUGGUUGCGGAAGACUUGCUUGCGUUCCUAGACCGCAACUCAUACAAUUGCGACCCUCUCCGGGUGUUCCUCAGGGAAAUUCUGGCAAACUCGGUCCUCGAGAAGACUCUGCAAACAUGCAGCAAACCCGAGUGGAUCAACGGGUGGAUUGUGUACCUCCUCGAAGCUGGAGAGCCAAAUCUCAAUCAUGCCAUCGACGUCGGCAUGCAAACUGGACCCGAGACAGCGACAGUGACACAAAAUGUGUUCGCUGACUUGGACGGAAACGUCGGCAACAUCGGCAUCGCCAAACCCGGCCGGAGCUCGUUGGAGAAUGAAAGGGGGCGUCGAAGGGAAACAGUCGGCCAUAAGAAGAAGCUCAGCAAGGCAGAUGAGGAGAUGGAAGAGGCCAUGGGAGAGAUGAAGCGGAUGAAUGAGAUGAUUGCCAAAGAGGAAGCUCGCCGCAAGCGAGACUCGACGGCCACCGAAGUCGAGCUGUCUCCUGGUGCAGUGCCUAACGGCCACAAAUCAUUCUCAUCGAUUACAUCAACCGAUGGCUUCUCUGCAAGGAGCGACGCAGCCCCGACUCCCAAUACACCUCAAUCGCCAGUGGACAAUUCAAGCCCCAACUCGUCCCUAAAGGAUUCCGAUGGCGCCCGAUUUACAAGUUUCGACCAGAUCGUGCCCCCAGGCCAAGAAAACGACGCAGAGGAAGAUGUGCCCAAGAAGACGCCGUUUACUCUUCACAACGCCGGGCUAACUCUACACGAUGAUGCUUCCGGCGAGAAAGGCCGCAUCCGAACCAAGCCCAACUGGGACUAUUGGGUCCAGGUUGAACCCUCAGUCGCAGGCUAUUCGGGUUGGAUGAUUGUGCGUAGAUAUUCCGACUUUGAAACUCUCCAUGAGAUUCUCAGGCGAAUUGCGAACAUCUCUGGUGCAACAGCAUUCACGGAGCUUCACAAAGAUCUGCCAAACUGGAAGGUUCACACCCGGGAGUCGCUCCGGGGAGAGCUUGAGAGGUACCUGCGGGAUGCUUGCUGGUAUAAGAGCCUGGCUGAGAGCGAGGGUAUGAGGCGGUUCCUGGAGAAGUCCCAAGGACAUACUCAUGGAGAUUCCAAGUCGGGCUUUGGCUGGGAGGCUGUUGGCAAGAACAUGCUUGACGUUCUCACAACAGCGCCUAAGGGAGCCAUGGAAGGUGGCAAGACUUUGGUAGGCGGUGUCACGGGCGUGUUUGGCAACAUCGCUGCACUUAACAGGAGAUCGACAAGCCAAUCCGUGGAUCUGACGGCGAAUUCCAGUAGACUCUCCAUCUCGACACCCCCCCGGUUAGACAGUAUUAAGUCUCCCGUGCGAUCGACACGAGACAGCCUGGACAGCCAGCGGUCAUCUGUCGUCUCUACGCAGCCCGGCAAAAUGCCGCCCAUGGAACGCCGCCCAAGCUACCAGUCGCAGGGCGACUCGGAUGGAGACGCCAGAAUCAUGCGCAUGGAUUCAGGCUCAGCGCCGGCGAGCGCUCGACCUAGUCGGGAGCACAGCCGCGCGCCGAGUCUAGCCCAGUUGCGAUCUCCCUCAUCAGCCAGUCUCGAGUUUAUGAAGCUGCCUCCUCCACCAGACCAGAUGGCGGAUGACUAUGGAUCGCCAACGAGCGGCGGCGAUAUGCUAGGCAAGAUGGGCGAUGGCGAGAACGUCACAACAGAGAAGCACAGGCGCGGUGGAUCUCAACAAGUCCCAACGCCUCCUCCAUCUGUGACGGGAGGCAAGAAGGGACCUCAGAAGCCGGGCCGCCAGUAUGCCCAACUUUCCGAGGCUGAGACGCGGGUGGCGGUGGAGCUGGGAUUCGCCGUCAUCAACGAGAUGUAUACAUUGUCGUCAGCGUGGAACAUCCGCCGUACACUUCUUACAGCAGCGAAAUCGUUUUUACUACGUCCAGGCAACCCCUCGCUGCUGACGGUGCAGUCGCUAAUACAAAACUCUGUCAUCGACGCCAACACCUCUGACGCAGGCAUCGCAGCUCAGUUCCGCAAACUGCGAGAGAACAUGAUGCCAACAGAGCUAGAACUCGCCGAGUGGCCACCUGAGCCGACGGCAGAAGAGAAGGAGCAGCUACGGGUCAAGGCCCGGAAGCUACUGAUCCAGAGCGGCGUGCCAGCGGCGCUGAAGGGUGUCAUGGGACAAGCAGCGACGGGCGAAGCCCUAGGGAGGGUGUUUGACUGUCUGCAAACCGAGGAGGUGGCGAGAGGGCUGAUGUUUGGUUUGAUCUUGCAGAUGGUCAGGAUUGUGACGCAUUGA